CAUCUCCUUUGUUCCUUCCUCCACACACCUUCCCCUUUGUGCACGACACAUCGGUUUUUCGAUUUUCAAUUCCUCUGCGUUUCCUGCGGUGUUCUCCCUCUAUUCAAAACCUAUUCUCUCUACCUCUCUAAUAUUCUCUCUGUGACUCUAUCUCUCUCUGUAUUUUUGCUAGAUUCUAGGGCUCGUUUUUGCCAUUUUACAACCAUGAAUAUCUUCAGGUUUGCAGGGGAUAUGACCCACUUGAUCAGUAUUCUGGUUCUUCUUCUCAAAAUUUACGCAACCAAAUCAUGCUCAGCUUUUAAUUUUGAAAGGGAUUUCGCUUAAGACACAGGAGCUGUACGCCAUAGUGUUUGUGGCUCGCUACUUGGAUCUGUUCACAGACUUCAUCUCUGUCUAUAAUACUGUGAUGAAGCUGGUGUUCAUUGGGUGCUCUCUGGCGAUCGUGUGGUGCAUGCGGUUGCACCGAGUGGUGAGGCGCACGUACAAUAAAGAUGUCGAUACAUUUCGCCAUUAUUUUCUCGUUCUGGGGUGCUUUCUUUUGGCGCUUUUUGUGCAUGAAAAGUUCACAUUCCAGGAGGUCUUAUGGGCAUUUUCAAUAUAUUUGGAGGCAGUUGCCAUUCUUCCCCAGUUAGUUUUGCUACAACGAAGUGGCAACGUGGACAAUUUGACAGUGCAAUAUGUGUUCUUUCUUGGAGCCUAUCGUGCAUUCUACAUUCUUAAUUGGAUUUAUCGUUACCUCACAGAGCCACAUUUCGGUAGAUGGAUAGCUUCCGUUGCGGGUCUGGUUCAAACUGCUUUAUAUGCGGAUUUCUUCUACUACUACUUCAUCAGCUGGAAAAACAACGCAAAGCUUCAACUCCCAGCAUGAAGUAUGGAAUUUUGUUUUCAAAAUCUUGAAGCUUCUUGUUCUGAGUCGUAGGGUUGUUACAGCCGGCUGGUAAAUCUGAGAAUGAUAAUUGAAAGUAAGAAAGAAUGGGAUACAUGACUAUAGUUUUAAUUAAGAGAGGAACCCCAUCUGCAAUCGAUGGGGGAAAAACACAUCUGGUUUUGGAUGGGAGUUUUUCAUCUCAUAGGCACUUCUAGAUUUAGAUCAACAUACUUAUUUUGCGAUGAUAUCUUGAUAAGCUGUAACAUUUAUCUCAUCGCUUUGUAAAGAUGUUAUUUAGAUUUGAGAGGGUGAAAUUGCAGAUAUGGCAGAAAAUUGUUUAGUGCAGGCAGAUACAGUUAUUUUUAUUAAAAAAGCAAAGGUACAGCUAACCCAGUUACAAUACUAAAACUUUUGAUAUUUUCAGGC